AUGGGCUGUUCUGCGUCAUUUCCGAAUCAUACCACUCCUUGGAAAAAACCAACUUGCGCCCCAGGGGAUUUUCAAAUUGCUUCAGUUUCUUUAUCGCAUAACACCAAGAAUACUUUACGAGAAUCAUGGAAACUCGUGGAACCAGUUAAAACCGAGACAGGAAAAGCCAUGUUUAUGAGGUAAGAUAAGCAAGUGAUCUCGACUCGGCGGCAGUUUCUCCCAGCGUUUAUGUAACUGAGCUUAGCAUGUUCUAAAAAAUCUUCACUGCUGAAUUUCACUUCGUUAAUAUAAUUAAUUAUGCUGUUCAAGGAUGAAGUGGAACCAGUUUAAGUCUAUAAUGCAGAAAUCCUAUAGUGCCGACCUUUCAAAGUGAAAGCCGUUACUAAGCAGUUUAAUUUUCCUGUGGUGUAUGUUUAUAUCUAUAGCACAGGUGUAUUUUCAGCUUUAAACCCGAUGGUGAAUAUAAUUUUUAACGUGAAGGCUUUUUUAGUUCACCAUGCUAUAGCAUAUGAUAUAGCCAAUUCAUAGAUGACGCUGUUAUAGUGUUGAUUCUUUCUCGUUCUAAAAAAUUUACUCGAAUAAAAUGAAUGAAAGUAAACUCUCAAAAAGGUUCCAUGUUUCAUUCAGGUGCCAGUAUAUUUAAAGCCGUCUGUAUUUAGAUAACACUGACGUCAGAUCACACAACAAAAUAUUUAUUUUUCGGCUCAGUCCUUCUUUAUAUUGUCAACUUUUUCCCGCUGACUUACCAACAUAUAAUUUCUCAUGAUUUGGGUACUUUUGAAGUGGUACUAGUGUCGCAAUUAGAAUCUUAACUUAAGGUUUUGUGCACCUGGAAAAGUUCUAAUGAAUCAUUUUAAGCAGGUGUCUUCAUUGACUUGUUGUAAUAUUUUACGUUAGAAAUAAUAAUCAAAAGUGCACCUAUAGGCUUAGUGAAGUCCCAUUGAAUAUUACGGGAGGAAAACGUCGAAAAACCAGACGUAAUGCCUUCCUGAACGAGUAGUCUACAAGGAAAUCAAAGUAUUUUUCGACUGGUUUUGCCCGAGAGUGUUUUUACUGUUUGACCAAUAAAAAGAAAAAACAUAAAAAUGCGUAAGACGCUGAAACCUAGGAAAUAACAGUUGUUAACCAAUAUAGAUCGUUUGAUUAAACAUGGUGUGUGACUUAAGAAAAAGAAAAUAAAUGCAUGAAUAGUAAAAACAAAGUAAGGAUGUUUUGGGUUUAAAUACAAUAUACAUAUUACCGGUAAAUAAUAAAUCGACACUUGUUAACCCUUUUCGUUACUAUUUAUGAAGAUCCACAUACGGGACAUUGAGAAAACCGAGGUGACAGUACUGACGCGUAUUUCACAUUAAAGAGAGUUCCACUUUUGAAUAGCGUUAACUGCAUGUCAAUUCAGACCAGAAUUCAUAAAAACUGAGGGCCUGUUUACAUGGAGGUGGGGUACCCCAGAUAGGGGAGGUAACCCGCAUAGGUGGGGUAACCCGCCUUUCCAUAUAAUCUCUCAUUUUAAUUUGAUCACUUUUACGUGAUAGGUGGGGUAAUCCGCCACAUGUUACCUCACCUACCUGGGGUCCCCCACCUUCAUGUAAACAGGCCCUAAAAAUUGAAUUGUUUUAAAAUAACAAAAAGAAGUCGCUAGGGCAUAUCAUAUGAUAUCACAGCCGAAAAGACUUUGGAUUGUCACAACAUACACCACUUGGUCCAAACAGUAUCAAAAGAAAGUACUGCUCGGUAGCUUUUAUUUGAAUGGUCACACCGUAGGAUUUCAUCCACAGACUCAAAAGUUAGAACCACCUUGUACAGCGUAAUAAACAGUACCACAGGAAAGUACUGCUCAGUAGCUUUCAUUUGAAUGGUCACACCAUAGGAUUUCAUCCACAGACUCAAAAGUUAGAACCACCUUGUACAGCAUAAUAAACAGUACCACAGGAAAGUACUGCUCAGUAGCUUUCAUUUGAAUGGUCACACCAUAGGAUUUCAUCCACAGAUUCAAAAGUUAGAACCACGUUGUACAGCAUAAUAAACAGUACCACAGGAAAGUACUUCUCAGUUGCUUUUAUUUGAAUGCAAUCAUUACAUUCUACACUAAUCUAAAUCUAAGGAUGAAAUGUUUAACGCAAUCUUCUUAUGUUCUUUAGACUUUUUAAGACUCAUCCAAACAUCCAAGACACGUUUCCUUCAUUUAGAGGCGUCAGUCUUGACGAACUUAUGAAUUCCCGCUCGCUCUAUCUUCAUGCCAACCGAGUCAUGGCUGUGGUAGAAAACGCCAUCUCCGCUUUAGAUGAUGCUGACGAGGUUGUAGAGUCUCUUACAAAUUUGGGUAAAAAACAUCAACCGUGGUCACUCACACAGGAGCACUUUAGGGUAAAUCACUUUUUUGCCGUUAUAAUACGAUUCAUUUUUACUCUUGGCCAUUGGAAAACAUUUUAAUUCUUUUGUGAACGUGUUAGCCAUACAAGAAAUUUGCUCUUUUUAAAAUAAUUUCCUUGAGUCUCGCACCUCUUUCGAUGCCAUUUGAUAACAAUUUGAAAUGAAAAAUUUAUAUCAAAGGCCCACUUCUAAUUUAUAAUCAUGUGCCCAAUGUGGGACUCACGCUUCAGCCCGCGGCCCUUAAAAGCCUUCAAAAUUGGACCAUUUUUGGCCCUAGUAGACUUCCAGGCUAUGUAUAGAUACAUCUCUUGUGCCGAAAAAACCCAGCCAAUCAGGAAAAGAGCAUUAUUUCCAGAAAAUGGUGGAUGGCAAAGUAUAGAAAAAUUACUUUAACCCAUAUAUUGGAUAGUAGCUCAGCGUCCACCCAAGUUAAGAGUCAUCAAAAUCAAGCAAAGAACAGAUUCUAUUUAUGACAAACAAGGUAAAUGUUAGUGAGAAAAGAGCAAUCUAGUUCUGUCACACUUAUUCAGUGACUUAGUUUCAAAGGCGCGCAAUCUCGUAAUAGCUGUUGAAGGAAGCGAUACUGUUUCCAAAACAAUCCCAGUGUGUACUUUGACACAAGACAGAACUUCCAGGGUGAUGAGAUCUUGCUUGAAAAGUAACUUAAAUAUUUUCGUUCUUCAAAUUCGUCAGGUUCUAGGUGAUGCACUUUUGUGGGCGUUACAGGAAAUGCUAAACACGGAGUGCACGAACCAAGUCAUAGAAGCCUGGAAAGAGUUGUUUAAGUUCAUAACCAGACCAAUGCUGAAUGGUGUAGAAGGGGACGUUUUUUAG